AUGACUGAGGAAGCAAGAGAUAACCUGGACCUGAUAGUAGGGAACUAUUUCUUCCAACAAGUUGAAGAUUUCAAAUAUAUUGGGGUGAACAUAAACCAGAAUAGUAAUAUGCAUAACAAAAUCAAACUGAAGAUAUUUGCUGCUAACAAGGGCUACUAUGCUUUGGGAAAACUGUUCAGAUCAAAACUUCUCUCUAAACAAUCAAAGGAAUUCCUAUACUCAAGUUUCCUACAUCCAGUUUUAACAUACGCAUAUGAAACAUGGUCAAAUACUAAAGGAGAUGAAGAAAAAAUGGCUUGUUUUGAAAGAAGAGUGCUUAGAAGGAUAUAUGGACCUAUCUUGGAAAAUUAA